AUGGCUACCUUGACCGCCUCACCACCGGCCAUGUCUCCCCCUCUAGACGCCUCCAUUACGAGCCCUCCUCCUCUGCCCUCACUCGUUACAUCUACACCCCGAAGAACGCCGUCGCAGCAGCGGCCAACAUCUUGGGUCAACCGUCGAGUAUCGUCGUACUCUUCGACCUCGAAGACCUCACACCAAAUACAAUCGCGGCCUGUGUCUUAUGUCUUCCCCGCAUUCCACUCGAGUCUAACAUACACUUUUGUGAGAGACUUCGCUUACCCACCAGCUCACCCGAUGCACUAUGGCCCUCCGCCGAUACCAUCUGGAAUAUCGACACCAGUCAGCGAGGCUCGGCGAGUGUCAGAUCCUGUGCUGGCGCAAUGGGAAGAUUCGAGAUACACUUGGUCAGCCACGCCACCAUGGAUGUCAGAGAUACAGCAAGACCCAGAACGUCAAGAACGGCUACCCGUCCAGCUACCGGCCAUGUCUUUCUCAGAUGGUGGACCGCCCUACAGCGAGGACGAAGACCUCCAUUCACCAAUUGUCACAUCAUCACGGCAUAAAAAGAGCAAAUCACAGGGCUACGAGCGAGGGCGGUCACCGGGAGAUGCAGGUCCCGGCAGGGGCAUGAUAAUAGGGCCAGAUGGCGACAGUGGCGAGCCUGGGGCGGCCAUUCAAGCGUCCUUGGAGCGGCGUUUGCAGCCCCGACACCGGGAUUCCAAUUUUGCCAAGCCACUGCAGCGGCAAAGGUCUCCUUACGAUGGCGUCGAUCAGCUGUCGGAAGAAGCCUCAGACGUAGACGAAGGCGACGGGAGGUUCUCCAAAGACUAUUCAUUUACAAUAGCAAGCCCUGACGAGGAGAUGCACGGCAAGGCUGUGGCGCUCUUCGACUUUGAGAGUGAACACGAGAACGAGUUGGCUCUCAAGGAGGGCCAGAUAAUAUUGGUAUCAUACAGGCAUGGCCAAGGCUGGUUGGUGGCCGAAGACCCUCGCACGGGUGAAAGUGGUCUCGUGCCUGAAGAGUUUGUAAGGCUGAUUCGGGACAUCGAAGGUGGCUUGCACGGCCUGAACUCGGUAACGCUGGACGAUAAUGGAGACUUGCUGAGUCCUAUUUCCAACGACGGUGGAUCAGCACAGACCCCAACACCAGCUCAACACGAGUUCCCCUCAACCAGUCAGCACAACUCGAGGCCAAGCGGGGAGAAACAUCCGCCGGUGCAGUCGACGUUCUCGACUAGCUCGCGAGACUUUAGCCCCUUCCCAUCGUCUGGAAAGGCGGAGGAGGGUGGCAGCCCCGUGAAAGAAACGGUCGACGCAAGAUGA